AUGCAUGAUAAGGGUGAUGAUGCCGAAAACUUGCUUAGUAUUCCUAAUAUACUCAAAAAAUUGCAUUCUUCAAAGUUUCAAGAUCAUGGAGAUUUGAUGAAUUUGAUUUUUGAAGCGAGUGGUGUCAGUGAACAGUUGCAGAAAGCAAAGGCAAGAGGCAUUGAUGGUCAACCGUUAUAUUUCAGUAAGGAGAAUGUCACUGAGUUGUUUGGUGAUUUUGAAAGGCGCAAAAUUGAAACAUUCGAAAAAUUGCACAAAACAUUUACACCUAAGCAGGCAACUUUUUCAUCUUUUCUUAUUUUAAUCCCUCAAUUUUUAAAUUAA